UGGACAGUCUGACGUCGCACGCAGCUCCGGGACGAAAAAGAAAAGUGUUCAGUGGUGCUCACACCGUGUCUCUCUCAGCUCGCACAAAAACGCUGUAAAGUUUUGUCAGUGACGAGAAAACUCAUGAAAGAAACCAGGCGACGGAUAGCUUUAAAGCUGGACUUGUAUUUGUUGUUUUGUUUUUCACUGUAAUUGUGUUUUUUUAGAGACUUUAAACUGCUUGGUUUGUAGCGCAAAGUCGCCGCCGGGCUUUCCUCUCAUCUCGAAGUUUCCAAGAUGAACUUAGAUCCGGUGGUCGGGAAUUUUUUUACUUUGAUGAUUCAGGUGUUUGUGGCAACGCUCCUCACCGGGCUGGUUUGUCACGCAGCAGAACCUCCAGCAUCUCAGUGGUCCAGCGACAAAUCCAAAAACCUCACCCUUCAUCAACACAGAGUAUGCGUUGAGAAUGAGCAGUACCUCCAUCAGGGAUUCUGCUGCCUCAAUUGCCAGGCUGGAACCUUUGUGCAGAAGGGAUGUGAACGAGACCAAGAUUAUGGGACUUGUCUUUCCUGCGAGCACGGACAGACGUUCACGGAGCACUCCAACGGGAUGAACCGCUGUUUGCCCUGCAUUCACUGCCGCUCAGAUGAGAUUCAAACUGCAUCCUGCACCACGACCACAGGCAUCAUGUGCCAGUGCAAACCAGGUACCUUCUGUGUCCCAGAUCAGGCCUGCGAAGUCUGCAAGCGCUGUGCCAAGUGUAAAUCAGGGGAGGAGGAGGUGAAGAAGUGCACCCCGUUUUCUAACACCAAGUGUCGAAAACGCGACCCGUCCCCCACGGUAACUUCUGCAGUCCUUCCCACACCGACCCCUGCUUCUCCAGCAGACAUUGUUACUCCUGUUUGCAUCUUCCUGCUCAUCAUCUGCUUCAUCAUUGCGCUGGUUGUGGUGUUCGUAUUCAAGCAGCGUUCCUGUGAAGUGCCAUGUUCAAAGAGCCAUUGUGAGUCCAGUGAAAUUGUGAAGAUUCCUAUUGACGAGAGUGGAGGCACAGCAGAGGAGCGGCAGAACGAUCAGAACGCAGGUCUGGAGGGGGAAGAGUCCCGGCCAGAGUCCCGGCCCCUGCUGCAGGAGACCCAGGCUGGGAUGACUAAAGCCUCUCAGCCCCUGGAGGACGAGGACAGAGGACUAGGAGACAGUUUGCCCAACACCACUAGUUCGUCUCAAACUAGCCUGUCGGCCCUGCCCACUGCAGCUUCCUCUGGUAACACCCCAAAUACCCCACACCAGAGCCCCACCGCCAUCAGACCGUCAUCUGCAGACAUGGAUGAUCCUCUGCAGCAUCGCUUGGUGCCACUACAAGGGUCAGAAAAAUCCCUAAAGAAGAGCUUUGACUUGUUCGACGAGUACCUGGAUGUGCGGAUCCAUAACAAGUUCUUCCGAAUGAUCGGAGUCAACGACAACCACAUUCGGAUUUCGGAGAACGGAGCUGGCGACAAAGUGUAUGAACUGCUGAAGAACUGGAUGCAGAGGCAGGGACUAAAAGCCGACAUCAACGACCUGUUGGAGGCUUUGCUAAGUAUGGACCAGCGCCGCUCGGCGGAGAGCAUCGCCUCUGCAGCCCUGACGAAAGGCUACUACAAGCACGCAGACACGCCCUGAAAGCUGAAGUGACGGGGGACUGCAACUGAAGUAAACACAAAGUACUUAAUACAAGAAGAAACUCAAAAGCACAUGUCGGUGGACAUUGUGUCUCACGAACAGGCUUACCUCUUUGUGGCCGACCAGCCACGUAUUCAAAAGCCAGUAGUUUUAAAAAGAAAAAACACAAAAAGGGGAAGGUCGAGCCGUAUUUAUCAGAGCUCUGGAGAUGUCGACUACUUGCCAAAUGCGGAGGUGUAAUAAUGAAAAUGAAGAAUACGUUUUGUGGUCAAAUUUAACAUCGUUACUACCAACCAUGAAGAUGUUCCAACCAUGAGCAGAUCAUGAAGGUGUCAGCUUCCACGGGCAGAAACGGCCGCGUGUUUUAGGCUCUAUUGAAGCAACAUGCGUCUAAAUACUGAAAGCUUCCAAGUCUCUGGGCGUGUCACUCGUCUGCUCCACAGAUCACACCGCCUGGAGACGAGGAUAUACACUGGUUAGUAGGAGUGGCAUUAGCUAUGUCACUAAUACUUGUGCCUCUUUGAUGCACUGACCUCUGGCACAUGUAGGAUUUAAAACUACAAAUAAUGCUACACUUGUUGUUUUUAUAGAUUUAGGCUAAUCUGAAACCAUAGGUAACAGAUCAGGAACGUUUCCCCCACUAGAGGUGGGAAAAUGUGUCAAUUUGCAGCCUUACAAAGGAUCAAUUUUACCUCUUCAAUGCCAUUUUAUAAUCUAAAUGUAUUUAGUUAUCAAGAUUUUAUUAUGUUAAUAGAGCAUAGGGAUUCAAAAACGUCAUUGUGUUCAAUCAAGUCACAUUGGAGGAAUGUUUUCCGUCUCUGUCGUCCGGUCUUUGACAUGCUCAGUGUUACGACACGCACGACUUUUUAGAAGGAAUUCUUUUCAAAAGCUGUUUCCAUUGGAACGGCUUCAUAUAGUUUUAGUCAAACGUUUCCAUGUAACUUGGAGAACUUCAAAGGUCGUGUUAUUUAUUGACAUAUUUAUUUUAAUGAAUAAUAAUUAACGUUCAUUAUUUAUACCACGACCCUGGAAAACGAGCACGCACACGCAUCUGUGUCGUGGUGACGUUUUUAGCUUCAGGGCAACAAUGACUGACAUCAAACGUGUUCAAAUGUUGUGUUUUUGAAAGUUGAGUUAAAGUGUGUUCAGUGCAGCACCCUGGUCCACACUGUCUGAGUCAACGCUACGUGUGUUUCUGCACAAGAGACCACAGCAGCGUGCGGAAGCCUUCGUGAUGCUACACGCACAACGUGUCAUUGCAAAAUGGAGUUGAGUUGACAUCUUAGAAAAAUGACGAUUGACCGCUCUAGUGAACAAAUAGUCCCUCUGUACGUGGCGGCGGUGACAUGGGAUGCAGACGCCGGUUUGUUUGUUUGGUUAGACUGAGACAAAAUGAAGGAAACAAAAAAAAAAAGAAGAAGCUCAAAUUGAUUUCCCUAAUUCUGUCGCUUGUACAUACAAAUGUCCAGAGAGCAUCGGAGCCUCACAAAGUGUAUAAAUAUGCAGCUCUAUUAACAAACCCAAAUGAAUAUAGUGCGGUAUGAAGUUAUUAAGUACAGGAAAGCCGUCGGCACAGUAGUCGGCUGGUGACAUUUUAAACUAGGUUUUGCCCAUUUUUCUGCAGUCUCUUAUGUAUAAAGGAAAGAGUUACAGAGUUCUAUAUUAUUGCUGAACAGGGAUGCUACAGUGCUGGCACUGCCAUCUAUUGACAGACAAUGAAAAUACAGCCAGCAACAAUUUCUAGGGAUCCUCCAGUAAACACCUUCCUCUCACUUAACACUUCAACUUCUUUUUAAAUCCUCUCUCACUCUGUGGCAGUGAGUGUGAGUGUGAGUGUGUGUGUGUGUGUCCUUUUCUUUAUUUUAUAAUUGUUUUUACUUUGACAUAUUUCAUUGCAGGUCCUAAACUGUUUAAUUGAUUUCCUUUUUACUUUUGUAAAAACGUCCCUUAGUUAUUGUUUGCUUGUCCUGGAUUUCAGAUAUAAAUUAUGCAAAUACUUCAAAGCUGUUUUUAUGUCAAUUUCAAAUAAAUGUUUUGUACAGAUA